GGGUGAACCCUGCUGGGGUGACAGGUCAGUAGGGUUGCAUCAUUGCAAUGACAUGACCGUCAUUAUGAUGCAAUGGACACAUUAUACAGAUUCAUCAUGGGAAGCCAAGAGACAGAAUGUUCUCAGUGGGAACACUUGCCCUCUGAAACCAGAAAUACAAAUGGGGCUGUAAGCGUGCAGGCAAUUUCAGAUGUGCAGUCAAAUGAAGAGCAGGAUUCUGCUUCAGAAAUGAAGAUGAGCUUGAUGCCAUCUAAUAACAUCCUUCGCAACUUGCUAAGUGGAGGAGGGGAAAGUAACAACAUGGCUGCAAUCGGUAAUAAAAGUUCAGUAGCUCAGGAACUUCAGGAUCAGGACGAUGAGCUGAGAGCCCUUGGGAUCUCGGUUGUGGAUCAGCUGUCACUGGAACGUGACGUGGAAGCAGCAGUUGACAAAGCGGUUACCAAACACACUCGUAAGCAGAGGUUACAAAUACUGAAGAAAGAAAUCAAAGACAUUCAUAUGAAUGUCAAACAGGCAGACAACAAGUUACUUGAAUUAAAAAAUAGACUUGCAGGAAUGCGGCAGCGUGUUGUGGAUCCUCGGAUGACUAUUGGUGUUGAAAAAGAAGUGAAAGAUAAAGCUCGGGAUCUUGGAGUCCUCAGGGCACGAGAAAUAUACCUUCGCCGGAAACUUUCAUCUGCUGAAGUGAAUGAGGAAGAGCUUGAUGAUUAUGACUUAGAAGAUGGUGAAAUAUGUGAUGAUGACUGUGAUGACAUUGGGGAGGGUCAAAUUGCAUCAAGGUUGUCUGGAAAUGAAAGGGCGAGACUAAUUCGGGAAGGCCAAAUGACCCCCUUUGGGACAACAAUGACCUCUGGGGCCAGCAGAACAGUGUCAGUCAGGCCAGGUCAAGCAGUAAUGAAGGAGGGUAGAACAGUGUUAACCUCUCAAGAGAAAUCAAUGAAAAAAGGUCCAACCAAAGCAGAACUGAUUUGUUCUGGAGAAAUGACUCCAUUUGGGACUGUUAUCAAAAUGUCCAAUAACAACAGCACUAAAACUCCAAUAAGAUCGCCAGAGAAACUACAAGGAGGUUUUAGUGACUUUGAGAAAUACCUAAAAGACCAGAUUGAUAGACAAAAGCAACACAGUCAAGCUAACAAAGAUAGUAGACCCAAAAAGUCUUCAGGAGACGCAAAAUAUGGGGUUCCAAAGAAGAGAAAACGAAAAAUUAAGGAAUAUAUUGGAAACUUUGACAAUGAGGAGGUUGAUGAUGAGGAGGAGGAUGAUGGCACUUCACUCUCAUCAAUAAAGAAAUGCGCUAAGGAAGGCUAUGAAUCAAAGCUCAAUAAAAUCCGAGAUUUGGAAGAAAAAACAAAAAAGAGUGCGAGAAAAAAUCCACUUAAAAUGCAUAUAUUACAUCCAAAGAAGAAAAAGAUUGAAAAAGUCUCGGGAAGCAUAACCAGUUAUUUGGAAUCUGAUCAGCUCAAGAGAACUCCUCGUAAAAUUCUAUCCGAGAGGGUCAGUUUAGGAGGAAGUGAGUCGGAAGACUUUGAUGUUGAAAGUGGAAGUGGCUCUGAAUAUGUUCCAUCAGACCAGGACAUUCUUGAGGAAGAUGGUGACUUAUGGGAUGAGAAGUCUAAUGUUGAAAAUGCUGACAUUGAAAAGAGAGAAAGUCAUCAUAAAAAGAAAUUGAGUAAAAGAAUUAAAAAACUUAAAAAGAAAAUUGACAAAGAUGAAGAUGAAUGGUCAGAGGAUGACAUUCCAAAAAGCAAAGGGCAAAAGGUUUGCAAAUCAAGAGAUGAUGGCAAUUUAGAUGAAUAUGUUAGAAGAAUAGAAAAUUGGAAGGAAGAAAGACUUAAAAGGAAACAAGAUAAGAUUUUACGAGGAGAGGACUUGGAUUCCGAGGAGGAGGAGGAAGAAGGUUACGAGGAAUUUGAUGGGGGUUUCAAAAUUCCAUUACUAAUUUGGAAUAAACUUUACAAAUACCAGCGGACUUGUGUGAAAUGGCUUUGGGAACUUCACAUGCAGAGUUGCGGAGGGAUCCUUGGGGAUGAAAUGGGACUUGGAAAAACUAUCCAGAUAAUAGCCUUUUUGGUAGGAUUAUCCUAUUCUCGCUUGACUAGCCAUCAAGCACCAUGGAAGGGCCUGGGCCCUGUGUUGAUAGUGUGCCCAGCUACAGUGCUUCACCAGUGGGUGAAGGAGUUCCAUAAGUGGUGGCCACCAUUCAGAGUUGCGGUUCUGCAUGAGUCGGGAACUUUCAUUGGAACCAGGUCUGCUCUUAUACAUAAUAUUAAUAGGUAUGAAGGCAUCCUAGUGACAUCAUACACCGGGGCACGGGACCAGCUGGAGACAAUGCUACAGUACAGUUGGCAUUACAUUAUUCUUGAUGAAGGACACAAGAUUCGCAACCCAGAAGCACAGAUUACUGUUGCUCUAAAAAGAUUCCAAUGUCCUCACAGGCUAAUUCUCUCUGGUUCACCAAUUCAAAACAGCUUGAAGGAGUUGUGGUCACUAUUUGACUUUGUAUUUCCGGGUAAGCUGGGAACAUUGCCAGUAUUCCUGCAGCAGUUUGCAGUACCCAUCACCCAAGGAGGCUAUGCUAAUGCUUCCAAGCUAGAGGUACAGACAGCAUUUAAAUGUGCCUCUGUGCUGCGUGACACCAUCAACCCGUAUUUGCUCCGCAGGAUGAAAAAUGACGUUAGAAACCAUCUCAACUUGCCAGAUAAAAAUGAACAGGUGCUCUUUUGUGGACUGAGUGAGGAGCAGAGGAAAAUAUACAGAGAGUACAUUGAGGGGGAUCAAGUGAAACGCAUACUGGGUGGCAGAAUGAAGGUUUUUGUUGGGUUGAUUAAUCUUCGCAAAAUUUGCAACCACCCAGACCUUUACACAGGAGGUCCACACACCUUUGAUGACAAUUAUGAUUUUAAUCUUCAGCCAGAGCUAAAAUAUGGUUGGUGGGCACGGUCUGGAAAGAUGCACGUGUUGCACUCCGUUCUGCACUUAUGGCUACGUCAAGGUCAUCGGGUGCUGCUCUUCACACAGUCACGGCAGAUGAUGUGCAUUCUUGAGAAAUUCCUUAUGGAUGAACAUUAUUGUUACUUGAAGAUGGAUGGAACAACAUCUGUGUCCUCUCGCCAGCCUUUGAUUGAGAAAUUCAACAAUGACCCUUCAUACUUCGUAUUUCUCUUGACAACUCGUGUGGGUGGGCUUGGGAUUAAUCUGACAGGAGCCGAUAGAGUUGUAAUAUUUGACCCAGACUGGAAUCCAUCAACAGACUCUCAAGCUAGGGAACGUGCUUGGAGGAUUGGACAGUUACGUCAUGUUACCAUCUAUCGAUUAGUGACAGCUGGUACAAUUGAGGAGAAAAUCUAUCACAGGCAAAUUUUUAAGCAGUUUCUAACAAACCGUGUUCUCAAGGACCCCAAACAGCAGCGGUUCUUCAAGACAAAUGACUUGUAUGAACUGUUCUCUUUAAAUGAAGGCGAUAAAGAGAAAACAGAAUCUUCCGCCAUAUUUGCUGGCACUGGCUCAGAAAUAAAAGUGGAACUCAAAGAAAAAACAAGCAAUGUACAGACUCGACCAUCUGGAGCUCUGUCUAAUAAUAAAUCUGGAAGUCAUCAGAGAAUGGAAGCCAGAACCGAGAAAGCACCUUCAAGACAACUUAAUAAUAAUCAAAUAGAAUAUGAAAACAAGAAAAUCAAAUUCGAAGAAAGGUCAAGUGAUAAGAACAAAGAACAGGGUAGUGUUGCACAAAAUACCAAGGUGGAACAAAUGAGAGAACUUGCAAAGCGUCUAAGCCAGAAAAUUGGAGUUAAAUCUUUGCCAAAACAGGAAAAGCAAAAAACAGAGGAACAAGAAGGAAAUUCAAAAGCUGAAAUAGCUAACGCUAGUGACAGUUCAGUGAACGAUGUGGAUAGUGUUAAGGGAAAAAAUCAAAUAGUCAUAGGGGAAGAUGUGCAAAAGGCAGAAUUGCACAAUAUGAUGCAGGCCAAAACUACGGAGGCAGCACCAGUAUUUACAAAAGAUCCAUGUGAAGUUAGUACAAGUAAUUUGGAGAAUACAUGUAUUACAUUAAAUUGUGACAUCAAGGAUAGUGAGGAUUUGAGCAAUGCUUCUGUAAAGUUUAGUACAGAGAUGAACAAAAAUGCAAGUACAUUUUCAGAUAAUAGUCACAAAAUGCACAAAGCUGUAAUCAACAGUGACAUUAAAGGCAAGGAUGUCUGUCAGCCAGGUGGACUUAAAUGUACAAGCAACUCGGGUAUGUUAAUCUCAGAAAUACCCGAGAAGCAUAAAAAGAAGCAUAAGAAAAAAGACAAACACAGAGAAAGAGAAAAAAAAGAAUAUAUUAAAAAGAAAGGUCGAAAGUUUGAAGGAGAACGCAUAGAAUUCUUGGUUAAGAAAAGAGCUUACCGUAAAACGGAGGAGGAGGAAGAGGCAGAAAAGAAAAGUGCAAUGUCACAGGAUCAAUACGUGUUGGAAAAAUUAUUCCGAAAAUCAGGUGUUCACACAGCACUGAGUCACGACGCUAUCUUGAGCAACGACGACCCUGAUUAUUUGCUCCUGGAGGGGGAGGCAGAGCGUGUUGCCAAGGAAGCGGUGAAAGCUGUGAGAGCAUCUCGGGCACAGUGUUUCAGACCUCAACUUCCUGAUGGUUCUUCACAGUCACUUAAAAGGAAACCUAAAUUUGGGAAUAAGAAAAGUACAAUGUUUAUGGAUGUGGAUAAAGAUACAAGUGAGGGGAAGGAAAGAAAGAAAGAUAAGAAAAGGCCGAUGUUCAGUGGAUGUAUAGACGAGAGUGACGAUGAUGACACUUCAAACACAAAUGAUGGCAAGGAACUCGGUUCAUUUAGCAAGCUGAAAAGUAAGGCCGAGGGAUCAAGCGGUUUGUUGUCGUCUUCACAGCUUCUCUCUCGCAUGCGUGAGAGAAACAAGGGCAUUUCCACAGACUGUGAUAAUGAUGACAGUGAUUAUGAUCCUGAAUACCCUUCAACGGCUACAGUCAGUAUUGAAAGCAUAGAACCGGAGAUACAAAAUAACAUUGACAUUUUAACAGACAUUCGUAAUUUUGUGGCAUUUCAGGCUGAAGUUGAUGGGAAAGCCUCGACUCAAGAAAUCAUAAACAGAUUUAAAGACCGCUUGCCUCCUCAACAGACGCCAUUCUUCAAAGCUCUUUUGACACAAAUAUGUGAUUUUCAUAGGGAAGUAUCUGGGAAAGGAAUCUGGUCUCUUAAAGGAGAAUUUAGAUAGCAUACUGAUAAUUUUUUUCCCCAUUUUAUAAAGAAAAUUUUACUUUGGUUACUACCAGUAUUCUUAAUGCCUGGGCCAGAAAGUGAAAAUUGAGACCAUUCCAUGAAAAAAGUGCAAAAUCAGAAUUUUAAUUAACUUGUUUUUGUUUUUCUUGUCUUGCAGAUUGUACAGUAAAAUGAAAUACAGUACAAUACUACUUACAAUAAUUGGGUUAGUUCUACUAUUAUGAACUUUCAACCAUUUUCUCAUGGGAACUUCAUACAGAUGAGCAUCCUGAAAAAACAAAUCAAAGUUAUUUCCUAAUAUAUUUUUUAAGUAAUUAAAAACCACUUUUAAAAAGUUGUGAAUAUGCAAUUACAAAUAAAGUAUAUUUUUUUAAUAAA